CUCUCCGUGCAGCUUACAGCUUUCUCCAUCUUUUUUACUCCCCCUUCAUUCUCUCGAGAGACUCAUCUCAUCCAUCACAUUUCAAUACCCAUAUCUUGUUCAAUCCAUACACAAUGGGUGUCAUCCGUCGCUUCAUCAAGCUCUCCACCUACACUGGUGUUGCCUCGGUCGGCGCCUUCUUCUAUGCCACGCGCAAGAAUGUCGAGGAACCUCUGCCUCUGACCGAUCACAUCUUCAGCUCCUCUCACUUUAAGACCUUCAAUCCCAACAACAACCCGACUACCCAUGACUUCUUUGUCCGGAGGAUUCCCUUGUCUGACAUCAAACCUGACCUGCUCGAGAACAAGGGCAAGUUGACGGAAGCUUUUUGUGCCGGUGUCUGGAGUGGCUUGGGAUAUGCUGCUCAGCGUGCCCAUCACGCCAGAAAUGCCCCGGCUGAUGAAACCAAGGAUCACCUUUGGUCACGGUCGGAACUCCGUUCCUCAACAUACGAGCCCGGCACUCUGAUCACAGACCACUUCCAAGUUCUCGAAAAGACCCCCGAGCGCAUCAUUGUUCGCUGCGGUGACUCUCCUCGCGUCACCGGUGUUCGCCCAUCUGACGGCCUUUUCGAAAUGUCGGCAGUCGUCAAACCCGAACAAGGUGUGGCUGAGUUUGGCCUCAAGAGCUGUUUCUACCAAGGACUGGGCAAGGCCGAGUCCGAACCCAUGCCCUCUCAUAUCGUCUGGCUGCACAAGCAAUACACUAAGUUGUGGCUGGAGACUGCCGUCCACAACUGUACUCGGUGAAAAUAUGCUCUACGCUGUUCAUCAACUGUACUAGAGCAAAAUGAAGUUCUGGUCUCACGGAAAUACCCAUAUGAAACUUGACGAAGGGCACAUUUCAACAGUUUGAAUUUGGAUCGUAACUAUCGUCAAUUUGUAUAUACGCAUGCACUAAGGCCUUGCUUAAUGGUCUAAUGAAUCUUUUCUCUUGUUUUCAUUCUGUCGAUAUCGUUGCUGAAGAGGAGAAUGGCGUGAACGUCCCCAUC